AUGACGAACGUACGGCCGUUGAAACUCCCUCCCGUCUUCUCCCCGACCAGGUCUUCAUCGAUGGAAAUGAGUGGGACCGACCCGGGGAUCCUGUGCUUCCAGCACUGCGAUAAGAAGACGAAGAUCUUCUGCUUCUCGGUGCCGUCCACGUGCCCGGUGUGCGGCUGCGAUCUCGUGAACUCCCCGCUGCGCAUCCCGCCCUUCCGGAUCCCGUACCCCUUUGGGAGGGCCAGGGACUUCCGCUGCGCCGUCGUCAUCAAGCCCACACAGGGGAGCUUCCUCAAGGACUACAAGAACUCGUCAGAUCUGCACAUCGGGGUGACGGAUUCCCGGGGGGAGGUGGUGGAGUAUGAUCGGAAUGGGGUGAAACGAGGAGAUUGGGAACAUUGCCUCCCUGUUCCCAUCUUCCCCAAAAAGUCGUCUUCCCUUUCACUUCCUCAAUCUCAUUCCUUUGUUCUCAAAUGGGACUCCACGCUGCAAAGCAUGGCCACCUCUCCUCUCUGGACCAAGGACAAAUACAUGGAGAAGAGCCACAACUGCUACGCAUUCACCUUGUCCUUUCUGGGAAGCCUGAAGUUGGAGCGGCUUAACGGAGCGACCAGUAACCCGACGGAAUUCUGUCAGCGCUUCAUCGUCCCGCAGACCACUGCAGCCGGGAAGUACAUCACCCUGUACCGACGUCUUUCAGAAACCGGAGUCGUCGUCCACAGAUGACGCGCGCGCGAUCUCUUUGUGUCUGCAGUGAGAUGUGGUUAGGAAAUGGAAUCUCUUGCUUUCUUCUCACCCUACUUCCCGUCAUUGUGUGAAGAGCCAUGGUUUGAUGCACUACUUGGUUGGACUGUGUGACAGCAGGAAGCGAGGCUUUUCAUUCCUGAUCUCGUUGUGUUUAAAAGGGUGCCUUUUCAAAGAAAGAGGAUCAAUGGUACUUCCGGAUGGGAUUCACAUCCCAUCUGCUUUCAAGAUGGAAGAAUGCGGUUGAUAAUCUAAUGGGAGACCCAAUAUUUUAGAUUAUUUGGUAUAUUAUUGCAACUGCUAUGUCCUUUGUAUUCAUGCACUUUACCCAUUAGGUAUAUGGAAUUUGUAACAUGCACUACCAAUUAGCCUUAGUCGAAAUGGUUGAUGAUGAUUAUCAUUUUCAAAUGAUAUCAACUUAUACAGCCAA